CCGUUACCAAGAGAGAGAGAGAGAGAGAAAGAGAGAGAGAGAGUUGGAAGGUGAAAGGAGAGGGCAGGCUUACAUCUGCAACUUUGCAGCCUUCACAAACCCACCUCCUCCAAAUCUGCGUUUGCACAGCCCUGACCAUGGGAUACCAGAGAGCGUGAGUGAGGGGGGAUAUUAUUCGAAAAGAGUCCAGCUCCACGCACAUGAAGCUCUGGUGCUAAACUGGAGCUUGGUACAUCAAGACCAUGGGUUGCAAAACAAGAUCCAUGCAUUUUGUUUGUCGAUGUCUUUACUUCAUGCUCCUUCACUUGUAUUGCACAGCACAAGACGAGGACAUGAGAUUAAGUUGCAGAACGGCGCCAAGUGAUUUAGUAUUUAUACUCGAUGGAUCAUGGAGUGUGGAUGACAUAAACUUUGAGAUUGUCAAACGAUGGCUGAUGAAUAUCACAAUGAGCUUCAAUAUUGGUCAGAAAUUCACCCAGGUUGGGGUGGUGCAAUAUAGCGAUGACCCCUUCUUACAUAUACCACUGGGAAAACAUUUCUCAAGCAAUGACCUCAUCAAGGCCAUGGAGUCCAUAGACUACAUGGGAGGGAAUACAAAUACAGGGAAGGCUAUCAAGUUUGCCAAUGACAAACUGUUUGCCCUGUCUGAGCGAGGUCCGAAUGGCAUCGCAAAAAUUGCUGUGGUUCUGACAGACGGGAAGUCACAAGAUGAAGUGCUGGCAGCUGCCGAAGCUGCGAGGAAAAAGGGGAUAAUUCUCUUUGCAAUUGGCGUCGGGUAUGAGACAGAGGAGGCAGAGCUCAGGGCCAUUGCUAACAAACCCUCCUCGACCUAUGUGUUCUCUGUUGAAGACUAUAAAGCUAUCACAAAGAUCCGUGAAGUUAUUAGGCAGAAGCUGUGUGAAGAGACUGUAUGCCCAUCAAAGAUUCCAAUUGAUUCUCGAGAUGAGAAGGGAUUUGACAUUCUCCUUCAUCUCAACUUGGCCAAAAAAGCCAAAAAGACACAAGGAUCAUUUUACGGCAGCAAAGCCUACGAGGUGACAUCCCGGGUAGACCUGAGUGAGAACACUAGGACGUUAUUUCCAGGCGGACUUCCACCAUCCUAUGUUUUUGUGGCCACAUUGAAGUACAAAGGCUCUGUGGUUAUGGAAAAGUGGGAUCUGUGGCGGAUACAGACUAAGGAUGAGAAGCCUCAAAUGGCAGUUACUCUAAAUGGACUAGACAGAACAGUAAUAUUCACCACCACCAGCAGUGCACCAAGUGGAAUUCAAACUGUGAUCUUUACUAAGCUACCAGCAAAGAAACUUUUUGAUGAGAAAUGGCAUCAGCUUCGUCUUCUAGUAACAGAGGAAGAUGUCACUCUGUAUGUUGAUGAUCUAGAAAUUGAAACCUUGACAUUGGAGCCUCCUGAUGGUAUUUUUAUUAAUGGGAAAACACAGGUUGGGAAGUAUGUCAGCAAAGAAACAACAGUACCUUUUGAAAUACAAAAACUCAGGAUCUACUGUGACCCUGAGCAGAAUAGCAGGGAGACAGCCUGUGAAAUACCUGGAGUUUGUGCUAAUGGACCAGGUGAUAUUGAUCCAACCCCCGAGCCAUGCAUCUGUCCACCUGGGCCACCCGGAACCCCGGGACUAAAGGGAGAACAAGGGAAAUCCGGAGAUCUGGGUAAAUCUGGUCCUGCUGGUGCUGAUGGUAAGCCUGGUGUCCCAGGUUCCAGAGGAAGCCCUGGCCUUCAAGGCCCUCCCGGCAAUGAGGGUCCACGAGGAGCUGAAGGCCAUAAGGGGGGAAAGGGAAGCCCUGGGGAUACAGGUGAGAGUGGUAUCCCAGGCUUACCCGGGCCACCUGGCAAACCAGGUGAAAAGGGGUCGGCUGGUAUUCAAGGCAUUCAAGGCCCACCAGGCAAAGAUGGGGAAAUGGGAGACAAAGGAAGCGCAGGGCUUGCCGGUUCACCUGGAUUUCGAGGACAGUCUGGUCCCCCUGGAAGAGAUGGGAAAGACGGCCUUCCAGGAGAAAUUGGUCAAAAGGGCGACCCCGGGUCACCUGGAAUUCCCGGGCUGGACGGAAGAGAAGGACACCCUGGCAUGCCGGGUAUACCGGGAAAUGACGGUCUGAGGGGAAUGAAGGGUGAUGAUGGUUUGGCAGGACCAAAAGGAGCCAAAGGUAUACCUGGAGACCCUGGCGUGAUGGGUUUGACUGGAAUGCAGGGGUCAAAUGGACAGCCAGGCCCAAAGGGCACUAAAGGGCAAAGUGGAGAGCCGGGCCAAGAAGGUCCUCCAGGGCCAGAGGGUAAACCUGGAGAACCUGGGACAGCUGGCCAGCCAGGACAUCCAGGAAUGCCCGGAUUACAGGGACAGAAGGGACAAAGUGGAGAUGUGGGUGACAGAGGAGUCGAGGGGAUGAAAGGUGAAAGAGGAGACCCUGGGAGACAUGGUGAUCAUGGUUCGACUGGGGCAGCUGGGCAGAAAGGCGAGAAAGGGACAUCAGGAGAGCCUGGUCAGAGGGGUCACAAUGGCCACCAGGGGCUCCCUGGACAGCCAGGACUGAUGGGCCCCUCGGGGCCUCGAGGACAGAGCGGAGAUAUCGGACCCACAGGACCACCUGGACCUGAGGGACGACCUGGCAGAGAGCUGUCUGAGCAAUAUAUUCAACAGAUCUGCAGAGAUGUCCUUCGAUCUGAGAUUCCUGCACUUCUACUGAGUAGUCAACACAAUCGCCACAGAAGCUGUGAGCACUGUUACACAAGGAUGGGUCCCCCAGGCCCGUCAGGGCAACCAGGUGCUCAAGGCUCUCGUGGAUUCCCAGGGUUACCUGGAUCUAAUGGACUGAAGGGUCAGCGGGGUUUACCUGGGCGGCCUGGUGUCCCUGGCAUGAAAGGUGAUCCAGGAGAAAGGGGUGAAAAAGGAAAUCAAGGACGCUCAGAAAUUGGAGAUCCAGGUCUUCCAGGACCACCAGGUCAAAUGGGCCCAGCUGGGGUCGGCAAACCAGGUCACCCAGGUAAGCCAGGCCUGCCCGGUCAUAACGGCGAGAAGGGGACGAGAGGGUACACCGGCGAGCCCGGUCAACCGGGCGUGUGCCAUCCAUCCAUGUGCUACAGCGCCAUGUUGCGAAGAGAUCCGUUCAGUAAAGGGCCAAACUAUUGAAACAGCUUUGACUGAAUUGCAGACAGUCUUGAUGUGGUGUUGCUCAGUGAAUGAAAGGCAAAAGUACGAGCCAAUCUCAGGAUGAUCACAUGUUUCAAGAGUGUCUCUCACUCAUGGACACGUAAAGUACCUCUUAAAGUGUAUAUAAUACGGUGAUGUCGCCUACACCAACACCACGAUUUUCCGUGAUUUAAAGGGAUAGUUCUCUCAAAAAUGAAAAUUGUUUGAUCAUUUAGUCAACCUUAUGUUGUUGCAAACCCGUAUGUCUUAUUUUCUUCUGUGGAACAAAAAAGGAGAUAUGUUGAAGAAUGUUCUGGCCACUCUUUUGCAUAUAAUGAAUGUGAAUGGGGAUGGGGGCUAUCAAAAUCAAGAUGCAAAAGGACAAAACAAUCACCAUAAAAGUUCCAAGUACCAAGUUCUCUGAAGCCAUAUGAUUUGUUUGUGUUAGAAAUCAUUGAGGAUCUUUCCCUCAUGAGGGUGAGAAAAUGAUGACAGGAUUUUCAUUUUUGGAUGAACGUAAGUUCCUCAACACUUGUUUUUCUGUGUCCCAAGCUGAGAUGUGCCAUGAUUUAUUCACGCUGUUUGUCAUGAAGAAAUGAAACUAAUAAUUGUGAAAAGCUUCCAGUGGGAAUUUAACCCAGACUUCAGUCUAUUUCCUGUUUCUCUAUCUCCCCCUAGUGGCUUUGACAGUCCACUGCCAAUCAUCUCAUUUUAUUUAUGAUGCCAGAAGUACUGUUUGUUUUGCAUUUGUGGUCACCAUUUUUGUCAAACUUUUCUUUUGCAUCUUAAAUGUAAACCAUGACGCUCCACGAACUUUUCAUGCAAACUGUCAUCGUCUGCAGCACUUCCAAACUUCUGUCCAAUGUUAAUGUCUCUUAGAGUUCAAUAAUAACUCUUGUACCUUUACCGGGGUUCUCACACCUUUGUAAUCAAUGAUUUUCCUUCUACGUCCAUUUGUAAUUAAAGGAUACGAUUUUUUUUUAUUAUUAUUUUAUAAAGAUUACACAUAAAUAAAUCAAAUAAAUAAAUAUAAGCAAAUAAUUUGAAAAGUAAAAAGGGUUUACUACAGAAAUGUCCACGACAUUUACAGGCCAUGGAAAUCAAUUUUAAAAUACCCUGAUAUUUAGGUUUUUCGUAAUGGUGGGAACCCUGUCCUACACUUCCUAUUACAAAUGUGAGUGUGUAUUAAACUACAUGAAUUGUUAAAAGAGUCAAUUAAAUGAAUUUAUCAUUUAACUUAAUCUGGCUGUUUCUACAACAAACGAUCAUGAAAGUCACGUCAAAACUAAAUCCAAAACAAGCUAGUUUUAGAAACGCCAAACAUAUCUGAAGACCAUUUGUCUUUUACUCUUAGUUGGUGAAGGGUGUGUAGUACAGUGUAAUAAAGCAUACCUUUCUACUAAUGUAUAAUUAUUUGUUAUUUAUAAGAACUGAUAUCAGUUACAGCUACUCCUGUCAGAACGUUUUCUUAUUUUUGCAGUGAUUCAUUUUUUAUAACAUUUUCAUGUGUUUGAAUGACUUUU